AUGGCAUCCAGACUACCUAACGAGAUACUGUAUGCCAUUGCAGAGCUGUUGGAAGAGAAUGACCUCAUUUCUCUCGCCCAAUCCGACAGCCGUUUUCUCUCUGUCUGCAAUCCCGUCUUGUACCGAAAGAAUAUGCUAGAGUCUGAUGGCUGGGCACUUAUCUGGGCCAUUAUCAAUCGCCAACCUCAUACAGUCGCAUGCGCACUCAGCACGGGAGUCACCGAACUCGGGGAGGCGCUUGCGUUUGCCGUUGAGGAUGGACAGGAGCAAGUUGUGGAGGGGCUUCUGUCUGUCAAGUCGGCUGAUUUCUCCCCGAAAUAUGACUUUUAUGGCCAAUUUCUCAACUGGACCUCUCAAGAUCGCAUUACUUCCAAGUGUACCGCAGCCAGCUCACGAUGUAUUGAGCAACUCAAAGCUCGCCACCAGUGGAACCGUCAUGGCGGGAUUGAUAAUAGGUCGCCUCUUUCACGGGCUGCCAGAGGAGGCCAUUUGAGAAUUGUGAAGCUUUUAAUUGAACUUUACGGCGGCGACCUAAAUGUCGAAGACUUGUAUGGGCAGACUCCUCUCUUCCAUGCUGUACAAGGGGGCUUUUUGGAUAUUGCCAAGGUUUUGUUCAGUACUGGGCAUUAUAACAUGAAUGUAACAGAUAGCAACUUCAGAACAGUGUUAUCACAUGCAGCCCGCCUCGGCCAAAGUGAGAUGGUACAGUGGUUGGUAAGCUGUGGGGCUGCGAUCAACCUCAAUCAUCAAGACAGAUAUGGCCAGACGCCGCUUCAUUAUGCUGUCGAGCGCUCUGAUAUGCUUACUGCGAAAGUGUUGAUCGAGACUGGCAGAGUUGAUCAACGCAUUGCCAACCGAAACGGUGAAACACCACUUGAUCUUGCUACUCAGCACUCAGAUGCAUCGAUUGUGAACUUGUUGGUCGAGUCCAGCAGAGUGGACCUGGACUUUGGAAACAACAAUGGUUAUGCAUUGCUUUACGUUGAUACUUCGCUCACCUAUGAAUCGACACCGUCACUGUCAGUGUGCAGCGAAAUGGAGAACAAGGAUCUGAGAGCGCUUCACGGCGCUACUGAGCACUCGAAUACCUCCCAGUUAGAGCAUCUAAUUGAAUUGAGGGAACUAGACCCUAAUAUUUCGGAGGAGCAAGGCCAGUGGAUGUUUUUAGAGGCUAUUCGUAACUCGGAUACAUCGACUUUAAAGCUUCUGGUCUGUUCAGACAAAGUCGACUUAGACAGGGCGGAUGAUCAAGGACGUACGCCGCUUUCACAUGCCGCUCAAUACUCCGACAUAUCUAUUAUGAAGCUUUUGAUUGACACCGGCAGAGUUAACCUAGAUUCGAGAGAUAGCAAUGGUAGAACGCCGCUCUCAUAUGCCGCUCAGCACGCAGAUACGUCGGCUGUAAAACUUUUGGUCGAUUCAGGCGAAGUCGAGGUGGAUUCUAAAGAUAUCCGAGGGCGGACACCACUUUCCUACGCUGCCCAGCAUAUGGACUUGGUCAAUUUAGCGACUUUGGUGAGAUUAUGGUACGAUGAUGAUAAUGAAUCUGGGCCCAACCCAAAUAAUCUCGUCCCUCGCAGAUCCCUUGGAGACACCUCGACCCUAAGGGCUUUAAUCAAUUGUGGCAAAGCCGAUCCUAAUUCUCGAGAUGGAAAGGGUCGGACGCCGCUUUCAUACGCGGCUGAGUACUCAGAUUCAGCAGCCAUAAAGCUUUUGCUGGGAAGUCCUUUAGUUCAAAUCGAGUCAAAGGAUAACGAGGGAAGAACUCCGUUUUUUGAAGCCAUUGCCUGGGGUAAUCUCUCCGCAGCGGAGCUGCUUCUUAACUCACCGAUGGUCGAUCCCAAUCCUAGAGACAAUUAUGGCGAUACACCGAUAUUCGAACUUUUCGACCUCUAUCACACGCUUAGUUUCCAGGAUGAGGAUCAGAUAUUUGAGCCGACCAUCAAAUCCAUCGUUGUAACAGGCUACAACCGUAUUGUGAAAUUGCUACUCGAAAGUUGCGACGUUAAGCUUGAUUCUCAAGAUCACUAUGGUCAAACGCUGCUUUCAUAUGCCGCUGAAAACUGUGGAUACGACGUUGUCAGGCUUCUGAUAGACUCGGGGAAGUUUGACCCUAUAGGGCUCGAUGGAUAA